CGCUUUCCAAAGGAAACCGCUAUGGAGACUAGUGGCCCAAAGGUGCUGGAAACUGCAGAGGCGAUCCAGGAGAGACGUCGGGAGGUGCUGACUCGGUACCAGAGGUUCAAGGAGCUGGUUGCGGAGAGGGGUCAGAAGCUCGAAGAGUCCUAUCAUUACCAGGUUUUCAGACGGGAUGCAGAUGACCUAGAGAAGUGGGUCUUGGAGAAACUCAAGAUUGCCGAUGAUAAGAGCUACGAAGAUCUAACUAACAUACAGGGCAAGUAUCGGAAGCAUGAAUCCUUGGAAGCAGAAGUGCAAGCAAAGUCCAGGGUCAUUCCUGAACUGGAAGAGAUCAGGGAAACCCGGUUUGCCGAGGGGCAUUUUGCCCAUGAGGACACCAAGGCCCAUCUGGAACAGCUGCGCACGCUGUGGGACCUCCUUCUGGAGCUGACCCGGGAGAGGGGCGCCCUGUUGCUGCGGGCCCUGCGUCUACACCAAUACCUGCAGGAGUGCGCCGACACCUUGGAGUGGAUCGGAGACAAGGAGGCUAUAGUGACGUCAGCAGAGCUGGGUGAGGACUGGGAACGCACAGAGGUCCUGCAUAAGAAGUUUGAGGAGUUCCAGGCGGACCUGGAAACUCAGAAAAGAAAACUGGAUGGAAUGAACCAGUAUGCCAACCAGUGUGCCGAGGAGAAACAUCCUGACCUGCCCUUGAUUAAGCUAAAGCAGGAUGAGGUGAACACCGCCUGGAAGCGUCUCCUCAGCCUGGCUGGGCAGCGACAGGAGACACUGGCCAAUGCUGCAGACCUCCAGCGAUUCAAAAGGGAUGUGACGGAGGCCGUCCAGUGGAUCAAAGAGAAGGAGCCUCAACUCACCUCUGAGGACUAUGGCAAAGAUCUCAUUAGCUCUGAGGCGCUGUUCCACAGUCACAAAGGUCUUGAGAGGAACCUUGCAGUCAUGCAGGACAAGGUAAAGGAGUUGAGUGCCAAAGCAGACAGGCUGAUGCUUUCCCACCCUUCAGAUGCAUCUCAGAUCCAACAAAUGAAGGAGGAGCUGGUCUCCAACUGGGAGCACAUCCGCGCCUUGGCGACCAGCAGAUAUGAGAAGCUGCAGGCUUCUUAUUGGUAUCAGCGCUUCUUAUCUGACUACGAGGAGCUCUCAGGGUGGAUGAAAGAGAAGUCUGCUCUGAUCAAUGCUGAUGAGCUGCCCACAGAUGUGGCUGGUGGAGAGGCCCUGCUGGACAGGCAUGGGCAGCACAAGCACGAGAUUGACUCUUAUGAUGACCGAUUCCAAUCUGCUGAGGAGACUGGUCGGGAACUGCUGGACGUCGGUCAUGAAGCCUCUGAUGAAGUUCUGGAAAAGAUGACCAUACUCGCCAACGACUGGGCUGCCCUGCGAGGGCUGUGGAACCAGCGGAAGCAUCAGUACGAACAGUGCCUGUACUUGCACCUCUUCUACCGUGACAGUGAGCAGGUGGACAGCUGGAUGAGCAGACAGGAGGCCUUCCUGGAAGAUGAGGACCUGGGGAACUCCCUGGGCAGCGUGGAAGCCCUUCUGCAGAAGCAUGAUGACUUUGAGGAGGCCUUCAAUGCCCAGGAGGAGAAGAUCACAACCUUAGACAACAAUGCCACCAAGCUGAUCGAUAACGACCAUUAUGACUCCGAGAAGAUCGCUGCUCUCCGGGAUAGCCUCUUGUCCCGGCGGGAUGCCCUACGUGCCCGGGCUGCCAUGCGGCGCAGACUUCUGGAGGAUUCGUGGCUUCUGCAGAAACUGUAUGAGGACUCAGAUGACCUAAAGAACUGGGUCAACAAGAAGAAAAAGUUGGCCGAUGAUGAAGACUACAAGGAUACUCAGAACUUGAAGAGCCGGGUUAAAAAGCAAGAAGACUUCAAAAAGGAGUUGCAAGAUAAUCAACGCCUGCUCAACACGCUGGAGAAAACUGGCCAGGAAAUGAUUGAGGCUAAUCACUAUGCCGCGGACAAGGUGACUGCUCGUGUGGCUGAGGUUGUCAGUCUCUGGAAGGAGCUGCUGGCAGCCAUGGAGCAGAAAGGGACGCAGUUGCAUGACGCUAACCAGGAACUACAGUUCAAGAACAACGCGGAGGACCUAGAACACUGGCUGGACAAGGCAGAAGAGCAGGCUGCCUCCGAGGACUAUGGGAAAGGCCUGGCAGACAUCCAAAGCCUGCUCCGGAAACACGGCCUCCUGGAGUCCGCUGUGGCCACCCGCCAGGAUCAGGUGGACAGCCUCACAGACCUGGCAGCAUAUUUUGAAGAAAUAGGCCAUCCCAAUGCUGGUGACAUACAAGCAAGGCGGGAGUCCCUGGUGUCCCGGUUUGAAGCCCUGAAGGAGCCACUGGCCACCCGGAAAAAGAAGCUCAUUGACUUUCUGCACCUGCUGCAGCUGUUCAGGGACACAGAGGAUGAGGAAGCCUGGAUAGAAGAGACAGAGCCUUCGGUGGCUUCCACCUACCUUGGCAAGGACCUGAUUGCCUCCAAGAAACUUCUGAACAGACACCAGGUCAUCCAGGAUGACAUCGCCAAUCAUGAGCCACACGUCCGAACAAUAACGGAGAGGGGAAACAAAAUGGUAGAGGAAGGGCACUUUGCUGCAGAAGACGUGGCCUCCAGGGUCAAGGCUUUGAAUGACAACAUGGAGUCUCUCCAGGCUCGAGCAGCUAGACGGCAGAACGAUCUUGAGGCCAAUGUCCAGUUCCAGCAGUACCUGGCUGACCUGCAUGAAGCCGAAGCGUGGAUCCAAGAGAAGGCACCUAUUGUAGACAAUACUAACUAUGGGGCCGAUGAAGAAGCAGCUGGGGCUCUUCUAAAGAAGCACGAGGCCUUCCUCGUGGACCUGAGUGCCUUUGGGAACAGUAUGCAAGCCCUGAGGGACCAGGCGGAGGCCUGCCAGCAACAACAGGCUGCACCAGUGGAGGGAGCUGCCCGAGAACAGAGGGUGGUGGCUUUGUAUGACUUCGAGGCCCGUAGCAAUCGAGAAGUCACCAUGAAGAAAGAUGACGUCUUAACUCUGCUCAGUUCCAUCAACAAGGACUGGUGGAAGGUGGAAGCUGGUGACCACCAAGGCUUUGUGCCCGCUGUCUACGUCAAGAAACUGGCUCACGAUGAGUUUCCCACGCUCCAGCAGCGGCGACGAGAAGAACCAGGCAGCAUCACUGAGCGCCAGGAACAGAUUGAGAAGCAGUACCGCUCACUCCUCGAUAGGGCCGAGGAACGCAGAUGUCGCCUGCUGCAACGCUACAACGAGUUCUUGCUGGCCUAUGAGGCGGGCGACAUGCUGGAGUGGAUCCAAGAGAAAAAGGCAGAGAACACCGGGGUGGAACUGGAUGAUGUCUGGGAGCUGCAGAAGAAGUUUGACGAGUUCCAAACGGAUCUGAAGGCCAAUGAGCCUCGGCUGAGGGAUAUCAACAAGGUGGCAGAUGAUCUUCUGUUUGAAAAGCUUCUAACGCCAGAAGGAGCUCAGCUACGUCAGGAGUUGAAUAAUCGCUGGGACUCCUUGCAGAGGCUUGCAGAAGAGCAGCGACAGCUGCUGGGCAGCGCCCAUGCCGUCCAGAUGUUUCACAGAGAAGCGGAUGACACGAAGGAGCAGAUUGAGAAGAAGCUCCAGGCCCUCAGGGCUGCUGAUCCCGGCUCAGACCUGUUCAGCGUUCAGGCCCUUCAGCGGCAGCAUGAGGUCUUUGAGAGAGACCUUAUGCCUCUGGAAGAGAAGGUGACCAUGUUGAGGGAGACGGCAGAGCGGCUCAGUGAGUCCCACCCAGAUGCCGCUGGUGAUCUGCAGAACCAGGGAAUGGAGCUGAAGGAGACAUGGGAUGACCUUCUAGGGUGCACGGAGGACCGUAAGCAUGACUUAAAUGAGGCCCGGCAAUUCUACACGUUCCUCAACAGAGCCAGGGACCUAGAGAACUGGAUGAGUGGCAUUGGUGGCAUGGUAUCAUCAGAGGAGCUGGCUGAGGAUUUAACUGGCACAGAGAUCCUGCUGGAGCGGCACUCGGGGCAUUAUGCUGACAUGGAGGCUGAGGCUCCCACCUUCCAGGCCUUAGAGGAAUUCGGCGGAGAACUUGUGAGAAGUGGGCACCGUGACAGCCCUGAAAUUCAAGAAAAGCUUGAAGCGGUCAGGCAAGAGAAAGGGGACUUAGAGAAAGCUUGGGAUCAACGCAAGAAGAUGCUGCAUCAAUGUCUGGAGUUGCAGUUGUUCCAUGGGAGCUGUGAUCAGGCCGAGAGCUGGAUGAUGGCACGAGAGAAUUUCCUGAGGUCAGAGAGAGCGGGCCCCUUAGACAGUCUGGAGGCCUUGAUGAAGAAACGGGAUGAUUUGGAGAAAGCAAUCAAUGCCCAGGACAAGAAGAUCACGGAGCUAGGUAAUGUUGCGGAGCGACUCAUUGCUGAUGACCACUAUGCCAAGGAGGAGAUUGCUGCUCGGUUACAACGGGUGCUGGACAGAUGGAAGGCUCUCAAAGAAUUACUGGUUGCUGAGCAGACAAAACUUGGUGACUAUGCUGACCUCAAACAAUUCUACCGUGACCUCGAGGAUCUGGAGGAAUGGAUCGGUGAGAUGCUGCCCACGGCCUGUGAUGAAUCCUACAAAGAUCCCACCAACAUUCAGAGGAAAUACCUGAAGCACAAGGCCUUUGAAAAUGAGGUCAACGGCCGAACUGAGCAGGUGAAGGGAGUCCUCACCUUGGGGAACUCUUUGAUUGAGCGGCAGGCAUGUGAUGGCAAUGAAGAAACCGUGAGGAAACAACUGCAGGAACUGCAGAGACAGUGGGACUACCUGCUUGAGAAAACAGCUGACAAAGGAGAAAAGCUCGAUGAGGCGAGUCGCCAACAGAGGUUCAACACAAGCAUCCAGGACUUUAAGUUCUGGCUCUCAGAGGCAGAGACACUGCUGGCCAUGAAAGAUCAGGCCAGGGAUUUGGCUUCGGCCGGAAACUUGCUCAAGAAACAUCAGCUGUUGGAAACGGAGAUGUCGGCCCGAGAGGAUGCUCUCAAGGACCUGAAUGAAUCAGCAACGCAUCUGCUCUCCAGUGGGACUUUCAACGUUGACCAGAUUGUGGAGCAAAGGGAUAAUGUCAACGAACGCUUCCUGAAUGUCCGGAACUUAGCGGCUGCACACCACGAGACGCUGAAAGAGGCCUAUGCCUUGUUCCAGUUCUUCCAGGAUCUAGACGAUGAGGAAUCGUGGAUAGAGGAGAAGCUGUUACGAGUGAGCUCCCAGGACUACGGCAGGGACCUGCAGGGCGUUCAGAACCUGCUGAGGAAGCACAAGCGCCUGGCAGGGGAGCUGCAGGCACACGAACCCACCGUCCAGAACAUUCUGGAUGCGGCAGAGAGGCUGGGAGACAAGGCUGCUGUGGGGCGAGAGGAGAUCCAGGAGCGCCUGACUCAUCUUUUUCAACAAUGGGAGAAGCUCAAAGAGUUGGCCAGCACUCGAGGGCUCCGACUGGAAGAAUCCCUAGAAUACCUGAAGUUCAUGGAGAAUGCUGAGGAGGAAGAAGCUUGGAUCAGUGAAAAGGAAGCUAUGGUUGCCCGAGGGGGUUCUGGGGACACACUGGCCGCUACUCAGAGCUUGCUAAAGAAGCACGAAGCAUUGGAAAAUGACUUUGCUGUCCAUGAGACCCGAGUGCAAGAUGUGUGUGCUCAAGGAGAAGAUAUUUUAAAUAAGGUGACUCAGGAGAAAAGUCAGCACACGGAGAAGGUAGCCACCAAGAUUCAGUCUCUGACCGAAAAGAUCCCUUCUCUGGCUAAGGCGAUGGCUGUUUGGAAGUUGCAAUUGGAAGAUGAUUAUGACUUUCAGCAGUUCAACUGGAAGGCUGAUGUGGUGGAGGCCUGGAUAGGUAUGGCAUGUGAAGGCCAAGGUCCUUGGAUAACUGACCUGAAGGACCAGCUGGUGGCCGCUCAGCACAGCCAGACCAAAGCCAUUGAGGAGCGCCAUGCUGCCCUGCUGAGGCGCUGGGGGGAGCUGCUGGAAGCCUCUGCAGCCCACAGACAGAACUUGCUGGAGAAGCAGCUUCCCCUAAAGAAGGCUGAGGAGCUGUUCAUGGAAUUUGCACACAAGGCUUCCGCUUUCAACCACUGGUGUGAGAAUGCCAAGGAGGACCUGUCAGAGCCUGUGCACUGUGUUUCCCUGAACGAGAUACGGAAACUGCAGAAGGACCAGGAGGCCUUCCUGGCCUCCUUGGUGGGGGCCCAGUCGGACUUCAACUAUUUGCUGGAGCUGGACCAGCAGAUUAAGGCCUUAGACGUGCCUUCCAGCCCUUACACCUGGUUGACGAUGGAGGUGCUGGAGAAGGUCUGGAAGCACCUACAUGACAUCAUCAAGGAACGGGAGCAGGAGCUACAAAAAGAGGAGGAGAGACAGGUCAAGAACUUUGAGAUGUGCCAGGAGUUUGAGCAGAAUGCCAGUGCCUUCCUUCAGUGGAUCUUGGAGACCAGGUCUUUGCUCAAAGAGACGGGAACCCUGGAAUCCCAGUUGGAAGCAAAUAAACGGAAACAGAAGGAGAUUCAGGCCAUGAAGCGCCAGCUGACCAAGAUUGAGGAUCUGGGAGACAACUUAGAAGAGGCUCUGGUCCUGGACAUCAAGUACAGCACCAUCGGGCUGGCCCAGCAGUGGGACCAGCUCCACCAGCUGGGAAUGCGGAUGCAGCACAACCUGGAACAACAGAUCCAAGCCAAAGACACCAUAGGUGUGAGUGAGGAGACAUUGAAGGAGUUCAGCACAACCUAUAAACAUUUUGAUGAGAAUCUGACGGGGCGCUUGAGUCACAGAGAUUUCCGGUCCUGCCUCAGAGGACUCAACUACUACCUGCCCAUGGUGGAGGACGAUGAACCGGAGCCCAAGUUUGAGAAGUUCCUGGAUGUCGUCGAUCCAGGGAGGAAGGGCUACAUCACUCUGGAGGACUACACCUCAUUCCUGAUCGACAAGGAGUCAGAGAACAUCAAGUCCAGCGAUGAAAUAGAGAAUGGCUUCCAGGCCCUGGCAGAGGGCAAGGCCUAUAUUACCAAAGACGACAUGAAGCAGGCCCUAACCCCAGAACAAGUGCAGUUCUGUGCAUCACAUAUGCAAGAAUACGUGGACCCGCGAGGCCAAAGACACCUUGCUGGUUAUGACUACGUGGGCUUCACCAGUUCCUACUUUGGCAACUGA